AUGGAAAACGAAACACACGAUCCAAACCUUAUUUUGUCGAUGGUGGUGCGGCGAAGAGACUUGCUGGCAUCCCUAGGCUUGGACACAAAUAAAGACCGUUUUGAUCUAGUCCAGAAGAAGCCUACCGGGCCGCGGAAACCAAAACCAAGCAACCAACAGACUAGCACCGGGCAAGAGGAUGAUGACACCGACGAAACGGAGGAGAUUCGGGGGCCCUUUGGGUAUAUCCGGUUGAAAUUUAACGCGCCGCCCAGGGAUAUCACGCGGGGAUUCUCCUUCGGGACUAACACGAAGCUCUGUGAUGUUGUGUUUUCCAAACCAGAGGCGAGUGGCAUAAGCGGGACUCAUUUCGUGAUUACUUUUAAUAAAAAAGGCCAACUUGUGUUGAAGGAUGUAUCUAGUCAGCAAACUGCGGUUAGCUAUGAUGGCAGGGGAUCUGCACAGUGGCGAAGGGAUUUCCAGUGGAUGCUAGUCCUUGACAGGCCAAGAGCGACCCGCAUCCAUCUCCCGAAUGAUUUCUACCUUGACAUCAUAUUCCCAGAUCACGCUUCCUGUCAACGGCAGUACGAGGAGAAUGUGCAGAGAUAUGUGCAAGAAAGUCAAAACCAGCUUUUCAAUUUCGGUGGCAUGGCCUUACUUAGCCAGGACCAAACUCGACCACGUACUCCCAUGAAUGACCCGAUCUAUUUUCAUGUAAAAAGAAUUGGGGAGGGUGGAUGUGGCGCGGUUAACAAAGUUAUAAAUGUGAGCACCGGGGACAUAUAUGCUUCUAAGAUAAUUCCAAUCGAUGAUCUGGCCGACAUGGGGCACAACGGAGUAGAAGUGGGCACGAAGGCACUCGAACGUGAUGCAUUGAAAGAGGCAGAUUUCGCAAAAGAAAUACAAAAUAUUAAAAGCACAGCGCAUGAACAUAUCGUCCAGUUUGUAGAUUCCACAACGCAUCCGCUGCAGCUGAUUAUGGAAUAUCUGCCCUUGGGAAACCUAUGCUAUCAGCACGAACGCGACCCGCUUAAUACAGAAGAAACCCAACUCCUACUUGCUCAAGGACUCGAUGCUCUUCGUUACCUUCAUUCCGAAAAUAUCACACAUCGAGACAUCAAGCCAGAAAAUAUUCUCGUCCGCGGCAGAAAGGAGCUCUUUCAUAUCAAAUUGGCCGAUUUUGGGCUUUCAAAAAUCGGUAACUCUAUGAGAUCAAAACUCGGAACAGAAUUUUACGACGCUCCUGAAGUCUAUGGCAGGAUGCGCAAUGGUAGAAGAUAUGACAAUAAAGUUGAUGUCUGGAGUUUUGGCGUCGUGGUCCUAGAAGUCUCUGGUCGCCUUCCUGGUUUAUUUGAUGAACAGAACUAUCACAACUACAUCGCUGAUGCGGCUGAAAAGGCGCUUGAUGCCUGCCCAAACAGCCAAUUCUAUUAUCUGAUAUCUAGGAUGUUAAAAAUGAAUUCGACCGAGCGGGCCUCUGUUGCCGAACUUUUUGACGGUAAAACUACCAUCGAGUUUAGCACUGAAAAUAAUGCACACGGUUCGCGUUCAGCCACUCCAACAAAUCGUGGUCUUCAUAAGCAGGCAGACAGGGCUUCAGCAUCCCCAGACGACGCAAAGCCAGUCACAGCGGUCAAGAUGCAAUCCCCUACGCAAAAGCGGCAACAAUCGCAGCCUAGCUCCAGAAACACUCGCGUCAAACGCACGCGAAAACAGAUAAACGAUGAGCUCUCAACUCCACUGGAAACUGACAAAACGGUGAGGAACGCUGCGCCCAAGACAGCUAAAUUUGAUCCUGGAAGUCACCAGCGGCCCAAACAAGACGAUGAUGGCGUCGACUUCCAUCGCAGCCCAUCAGGUGUAAUUGGAAGCGGAUUGGUUGGUCAAGCCCCGGGCUCCACCUACAGUUCAAGAAAACAGCGGGAGCUCCAAGCAGGGUCUUUAGCAGAUCCAUCUUCACAGGGCAACAGCCAACAGGAGAAUCCCGGCGCAGGUGAUGAUGAAGCAUCAUCACGGCAGCCACGGACUGCGAUUCCACCGGACCGAGUGCGGAGGAGCACAACUAACCCUGUAUCGAGGGUGGGUCGUCUGAAAAAUCACUCAUGA